GAUAAAAAAUAUUCUCGUCGGCUGUCGUGUUAUUGUGCAUUUGUGAUGUGUGAUACCUACGCAAUAAUUUAGUGAAAUUAAAAGAACAAUUGCCUUUGUAUGGAUUCUGUGUGGUUGGGCCAAUGGAUACCGAUAUUUUGAUUGAAAGCAAGGACUGUUUAUAUGGUGAGGAUUUUCUUGAUCAGUUGUUAUCAAAUGACUACAAAUGGUCGUCACUGUUGGACGCUACGGACGCGUCGCCGAGCGAGAUCCUGGCUGAUGCAGCACCAAUCCUGGUGCCGCCCAUAUCACCGAUCUUGAGUAUAAAGUCGUCUACAAGUAGCAGUAACUCAGACUCAGGCAGUGAAGAUGAUUCUAAAAACUCCAGCAGCACUUCUGCAAGACAGUCAUCCCAAUCCCCUUUUGAUUGGACUUCAAAUUUCAGUGAGGAACCUUCCAGUAACCUUAAUCUGGAAGAUAUUGAACUGUUCCUUCAAAAAACUGCUCCGAGCCCCGAAAACCCAUCUUUACACAAACCACAUAUUAAUGGAAAAUCUCCUGAAAGAAAUGGGCCAGUCAUGGCUAUUGAAAAUGGUGUUAUUAAGGGCAUUAAAAUGGAGAUUGAAGACUGUGAUAGUGAACUAAGCAAUACAUUUUCCAAGUUACAAAGAGGUAAUGGUUACCAACAAAAUUCAUACUUCAAAGUGGUUAAUGAAAACACGAAUAAUUCGCCAAAUGAUAAGCAAAUAGUUGUGAAUGGCCAGAUUCAGUUGAUAGUAGAACAAAAGAAAGUGCCCAGUAUACUUAAGAGGAAUUCCAAUGUAGUUAGUAAGCCCAGUAUUGUGAUCCCGGCGGAGAGCACAAAGGGUGGGAAGAUUGCCAUAUCGCCGCUGACUCAAACCAAAUUUAAUGGUGCCAAGGAUAUUCAACUGAAGGUUACCUCACCUAGAAGCAAUGUAAUAAUCAACCAUAAGCCGGUAGCACAAAUGAAUGGUGUAAAGCCACAGAUAGUACAAAACCAUGUGAUACCUCAAAAUCCAGAUAAUGAAUGUCCAAAGAGUCCCACAUUAGACCUCUCGAACUUCAGUGAAGCUGAAAUCAGAGCUAUUAAGAAACAACAGAGGAUGAUUAAAAAUCGGGAAUCAGCAUGCCAGUCUCGACAGAAGAAGAAAGAGUAUGUGUCUGCCUUAGAGCAGCAGUUACUUGAAGCACAACAAGAGAUAGCGAGGUUGCGACUUGAGAAUAAGCUGUUGAGAGACCAGAUUGAAACUGGUGGGAGAAGUCGAAAGAUGCCUCGACUCGACGCCUCACUUCUGAUACCUAAGAAGAAUAUAGCUGUUAUAUUUGCUAUGGUCUUUAUGGUAUCACUCAAUUGGAAUGUUUUAGGGUGGAAUGCAAAGCCUUUUGUCGGGCCCUCCACUCAACACGUAAGCUCAAGACAUCUACUAUGGUCAGAAGACGCCGCUGUAGAUAUUUCUAAUGAUGACCUAAGCAACGGGACAUACGUAACAGACUGUCAGAAUGCUACAAUGAAAACGACAGACUUCGUGAAUAUAAAUCAGACUGAAAGUAAAAGGUUAGCGGGAGAAUUAAACCGGUGGAUCGGAGGCGGAAAGACGUUGAACUGGACUUACGAUGUGCCGAGGAAAAAACGACAAGCUUAUUUGAGUGAAGAGAAAAUUACUGGUGGCUUAUUAGAAACCUACAGGUUAUUCAAUAAACUCCACCUAGACGGCAAUCUAGUAGACUUCCCCAGUAUAAGAAGCCAAUCGAAAACUGUCAAAGACAAGUCACGUUUGCGGCGACUAAGGAGGAAUAAAGAGAUAGACUUUGCUGAAAAUGCAGUCAUAGACUACGAAACUCUUUAUCGGAAGCCUAUGAGGAAGAGUGUCAAUGAUUUUAAUAUGGAUGACUUGGGUGAAUGGAAUGCCUUGCUUCAAGCACUACAUAGGCGCGAUGAUACCUUCUAUAUAGUUGGGUUCGGGAAAGGCGAACAUCUAUUGCUCCCGGCUGUAUCACAUAAUGUUACCAGGCCACCGAAAAUGGCGCUCAUUCUGCCAGCAAGGAGUGGUAAUGAUUCCGUGAUGAAUGACCAUGUGACUCUUAUGCAAAUUGAUUGCUCAGUCGUCAACACAACGCUAGUCAAGUUGAAAUCGGAUGCACUGCCCGAAAGUUUAAGAAAGCCACCUUCAAGUGAGCAGGAAGAGAAACAGGAAAACUCUACUACUUAUUACAAAGCAAAUAAGGAGAACAUUGUUAGUAAUCUCUUACAAAAUUCUAGUAAUAUAUCAAAUAAUAAUAAUUCUAAAAGUCAAAAUGUGUCACAUAAAGAAGUAGAUGUAGGCAAAGACGAUUCCUUUGCUCAUUACUUGUUUUCGAAAUACGAAAACACUAAAGAGGCGCCUAUGAAAAGGCCGCGUAACAAUAGCUAUAGGAAUGUAGAAAAACAAAUUGUUAAUAACAGUUUAAGUUCAACGUGAUUGUUUAAGUACGUCCUGAUUAGAAUAUGUAUUGUGUUACCUGUCUUAUUUGUUAAUAUCAAUAACGUAAUGAUUAAUUGUUAUUGAACCUUCAUCGUAACACCCUUAAAUUAAGUUAUCGAAUGCGUCAUAAAAAAUAGAAUAUUCUAACACAAAAAAUUACAAAAAUUAUAAUUUUAUAAAUAUCCAAUUAGAUUAUCGAUAUUUUGGAAUGGAAAUAUAACAUCAGCUUACACUACCAGGCUGACUAUUAGGUGUACUAAGAGAUUUUCCAUUAUCAAAAAUUGACUAUGGGAAAUGUAAAGGAUGGAUAGGGCGAGAAAAAAUCAUUUUCCUGCUUUGAGAGUAACUUGGGAUUUGGUUCUCUAAUUAUUCCUUUGUUGACUCUUCCACAAUUUGUAUUCAAAUAAGAAUUUAGUACCUUUCAUCAUUUCCGUUAACUAUUCAUAAAAAUAUAGUUUAAGAUAUACUAUGUAAUCGAUCUCAGUAUGAUAUGUCGAAACAAUAUUUUGGUAGAAAAAGAUAUUCCUGAAAAUUUACUGUAAAUACAAAAAAUAUUUAGCUUAGUUUUGACAAACCUACUUAUAUUGAGCCAAAUGUAAUAUAACGGCGUGGGCUGUGUGUAAGAUAUAUUUUAAAUAGGUUUGUUGUAAAAUGCAAUAUUCCAUUUAAUUUUGGUUUAUGAAUUAAUAAAAUAAAUUAUAUUUAUAAUUCAAGGCUAGUUAGUUUUGGCGACACGACUAAUCGGAACUAGCAGCACUUUUGUUAUGUACUCGCCAAGUUGAAAUGAGUUAAUAUAAUAUUAGUAUCUUUAUACUUAAAAAUAUUGUAUAUUUAAAGAGGUACUUGUAAUCAGUUGCUAGUAUGGUUCACAAUAUAAAUGACCCGAAAUGCUGAAAAUGUACUCAGCAAUCAUAAUUAGCAAACCUUGCCUAACCAGCCUUGUCUGGCAGGAAAGGCAACUUGGGAUAUUUCAUAAUAAUUUUGGGAUUUUCAAUUCUAGUUAUCUUAAUGCUGCUUCUAGGUUCUCGUUUUUUGUUGUUUUAUAUUUCCUGAAUUUUAAUCUAAUGAGAAGUGUUUAAAUACCGGUUGACUCUUUCUUACUUUUUAAUCCAUUAGGGACUAUAUUGUUGAGUCUGUUUUGUAACACUGAAGACACCUGUACUUUUGGUAUGAGAUUAGCUGUUAAUUUCAAAUGUUAAUUAUAUUAUUACGCGUUGGCAUAUUUAUUAAAACUUAUCACAAAAUAACGACGUACUAUGUACAUUAUUUUAUCACUUGUUGUUUUUAAUUCAUAUGUUGAGUUUAUUUCACGGGAUUUAAUUUAUUCACAUGUUUUAUGUUUUCAGUAUAUAACGCACUUUUUGUAUUUAAAAAUCGGACUGAGUAUUGUUUUUUAUUCCGUGAAUCAAUUACUCGGGUUACAAUAAAUUAUAUACAUUUUUAA